AUGCGCUUUUAUUUCCUAUUACCCUUCUCCUGCUACUUUACCUUCAUCACAAUCACCUUCUUCUUCUUCUUCUUCUUCUUCUGCUUCUUCUUCUUCUUCUUCUUCUUCUUCUUCUUCUUCUUCUUCUUCUUCUUCUUCUUCUUCUUCUUAAAAAGAGCAAAAAUUAUUUUUCUUUCCCUCUCUCUUUCUAACUCCUUCUCUUUUUCUCCCUCUCUCUUUCUCUCUCUCUCUCUUUCUUUCUUUCUUUCUUCACCUACAGGGAGCAAUAGGGACAAAAUGUGUCUUGUUACCACUCCGCGUAACUACUUACCCCCAACAAAUCACUCCUUUUCGGGGCUAACUUCCGAAAGUCAUUCGAUCACCACUCUUCAAGGCUCCACUCACUCCACUCUUUGCUACUGCCUUCCCUCUGAGACGCCAGCUCACUCCUGCAGCUUCCAGCACUCCUGCAGCUUUCAGCACUCCUGCUGCCUCCAGCUCACUCCUGCAGCUUCCAGCACUCCUGCAGCUUCCAGCACUCCUGCAGCCUCCAGCUCACUCCUGCAGCUUCCAGCACUCCUGCAGCUUCCAGCAGUCUCCAGCUCACUCCUACCGCUUCCAGCUCACUCCUGCAGCUUCCAACACUCCUACCGCUUCCAGCUCACUCCUGCAGCUCACUCCUUCCAGCGGCCUCCAGCUCAGCCCUGCGGUGCUCUACGGACGUCUCGCUACCUAUUCCAGCACCCGCUGACGAUCUAA